AGCCGCGCUGGGAGGAGAGAGGCUCCGCCAUGUUCCCCGGCGGCGCUGCCGCUCGGCCCUGCUAGCCGCCGCCCCCGCCCCCGACCCCGCCCGGCCCCCCAGCUGAGCAGAGCCCCGGGCCGAGCAUGGCCGCCCCGGAGCCGGCGCGGACGCCGCCGCCGCCGCCCCCGCCCGGGGCAGAUCGCGUAGUCAAAGCUGUCCCUUUCCCCCCAACACACCGCUUAACAUCCGAAGAAGUAUUUGACAUGGAUGGGAUACCAAGGGUUGAUGUUUUAAAGAAUCACUUGGUAAAAGAAGGUCGGGUUGAUGAAGAAAUUGCACUUAGAAUUAUUAACGAGGGUGCUGCCAUCCUUCGGAGAGAGAAAACCAUGAUAGAAGUAGAAGCUCCAAUUACAGUGUGCGGUGACAUCCAUGGCCAGUUUUUUGAUCUCAUGAAGCUGUUUGAAGUGGGAGGAUCCCCUGCUAACACAAGAUACCUCUUCCUUGGCGAUUACGUGGACAGAGGUUAUUUUAGCAUAGAGUGUGUCUUGUAUUUAUGGGUCCUGAAGAUUCUCUACCCUAGCACAUUAUUUCUUUUGAGAGGCAACCAUGAAUGCAGACACCUUACUGAAUAUUUCACCUUCAAGCAGGAAUGUAAAAUUAAGUAUUCAGAGAGAGUUUAUGAAGCUUGCAUGGAAGCUUUUGAUAGCCUGCCUCUUGCUGCACUUUUAAACCAACAGUUUCUUUGCGUUCAUGGUGGACUUUCACCAGAAAUACACACACUGGAUGAUAUUAGGAGAUUAGAUAGAUUUAAAGAACCUCCUGCCUUUGGACCAAUGUGUGACUUGCUCUGGUCUGAUCCUUCAGAAGACUUUGGAAAUGAAAAAUCACAGGAACACUUUAGUCACAAUACAGUUCGAGGAUGCUCUUAUUUUUAUAACUAUCCAGCAGUGUGUGAAUUUUUGCAAAACAAUAAUUUGUUAUCGAUUAUUAGAGCUCAUGAGGCUCAAGAUGCAGGCUAUAGAAUGUACAGAAAAAGUCAAACUACAGGGUUCCCUUCAUUAAUAACAAUUUUUUCGGCACCUAAUUACUUAGAUGUCUACAAUAAUAAAGCUGCUGUAUUAAAAUAUGAAAAUAAUGUGAUGAAUAUUCGACAAUUUAACUGCUCUCCACAUCCUUACUGGUUACCCAAUUUUAUGGAUGUCUUCACAUGGUCGCUACCAUUUGUUGGAGAAAAAGUGACAGAGAUGUUGGUAAAUGUUCUGAGUAUUUGCUCUGAUGAUGAACUAAUGACUGAAGGUGAAGAUCAGUUUGACGGAUCAGCGGCAGCACGGAAAGAAAUCAUCCGAAACAAAAUUCGAGCAAUUGGCAAGAUGGCGAGAGUCUUCUCUGUUCUCAGGGAGGAGAGUGAAAGUGUGCUGACACUCAAGGGCCUGACUCCCACAGGGAUGUUGCCUAGUGGAGUGUUAGCUGGAGGACGGCAGACCCUGCAAAGUGCCACAGUUGAGGCAAUUGAGGCUGAAAAAGCAAUACGAGGAUUCUCUCCACCACAUAGAAUCUGCAGUUUUGAAGAAGCAAAAGGUUUGGAUAGGAUCAAUGAGAGAAUGCCACCCCGGAAAGACGCUGUGCAGCAAGAUGGUUUCAAUUCUCUGAACACCGCACAUGCCACUGAGAACCACGGGACUGGCAACCACAGUGCCCAGUGACCCACGGCUUCCCGGGGACUCUCGCAUCUCGGGCCCCAGAUGAACAGGACACCCAAGGAGCCAGAGGGAUCAGCUAAGCUGACUGUAAAUGUCACCAGUCCCUUUGGAGAAACCAUUGUGCUUUUGAGACCCCAAUUCCCUCCCCAGAAGGAGGCUUGAGGGCCCUGGGACGUGCUGUGCUAUUGAUGAGAUUUCAUUGCUGGCAGCCGAACCAAGGUGGGGAGUAGAAAGCAAGGGGUCUGGGGGCUGUUUUCUGUGGAGAGCAUCUUGACCUCCAUUUAUGCUUGUGAUUCACACAUUUAAGUUUACAAAUGAGAAUUCCUCCCUCCUCCCCAUAGAACUAGAUUUUUUUUCCAAUCAAGACUUCAGACACAAUCCUAAAUGCUAUUUAUUCAUGGAUUUUGGUUUCAUAAAAUGUCUUUAAAGGUUAUAUUAGAAUGGUCUUAAAAUACAAUUCUGAGGUUACAAAGUUGUAUUUUUGAAUCAUGGGGAAAAUACCAAAAAAAAAAAACCCAGUUGGCAGAUGUUCAAAGUGCUGACCUCAGGUCUACAGUCUUCACUAGUUCUGUAUUAUAGGUUAGUUUUUGAUUAUGAAUGCAUAAUCUAUCUCAAGGCAGAACUUUGUUACUUGAUCACAGAUCCAAAAACUCAAUCAGAAUCUUUUUUGCCCAAAUCUUUUGCGAUUUGUACCCUUGGGAUUUAAGAAGAAAACUUCCAAAUUUCAAAAGUGCAUAAAGUUACAGAAAUGCUCAUUUAAGGUAUCUUUAAAAAAGCUUGUACGUUGUCAAAGUAAAUUUUACUUCAGAUCAUGUCUGUAAAACUUGACAUUGUAUUUUGUGUAUGCAUGUUUUCAUUUUGCAAAUAUUUAAUAUAUAGGCCUAUGAUGUACAGGUACGACAUGUAUAGGUUGCCUAGAUGUUAUGGGGACUUUUAGUUUAUUGUGAGUAUUCAAAUUACUUCAGUAGCCAGCAGGGCUGUUGGCUUUCUAUAAUUUUUAUGAAUUCUUAUAAAGGAAAUGGAAAAUGUCCUGGAAGUGUUUUUGUUUAUACAAAUGCUGCAUAGAAGCUAUGGUUCAGCUCAACCACUCAGACAUUCGUGGAAGCAUAAAGUCAAAACUGCAUGUUGAAGUUUUUAUUUUGAUAGUUACAGGACUGCUUGGUUAAAAAUAAAUGGAACCAUGUGCUAGUUUUUCACAAUUAUUGGUCUGUCUAGAUUGCCGCUCUAGCUGGUAUCUCCCUUUACUUUGGUGACCUCAUGCCCUGGAACACAGCUCAGAACUCCAGGCAGCGGAACCGUCUCUUGUUUUGUUUGCCAGAAAGUGCACCCUGUAUGGUCUCCUGUCUAAGUUGGAAAUAUUAUGCAUGUGCAGGACUAUUUGAAUAUUUUAUAAACAGUAGCACACAAUAAAUUCCAUGCAUGGGCCGCUGCUCCUA